AUGCACACCAAUUUCCUCAUCACCGCAUUCGCAACAUCAGCUCUCGCGGUCUCGGUCCCGCGCGCAGCGAGUUCUUCAAGUUUGAUCCCGGAUGUGCAGUGGAAGGUUUCGGGGUUUACGAGACCAUGUACCGCCACAAUCUGCACAUACAACUUCACUAUUAGUGUUAUCCCCAGCAGUGGUCCUAUAGUCAAUAUCCCUUGCCUCUACAACGACGCCUCCUCCACCCCUCCCACAUCCUCCACCCCCCAAACACACUCCUACUCCGCUCUAUCCUGCAGCAGUACCCUCGUCGAUGGCAAACCAGUCCCGAGCACUUGGCAGGUAAAUUGGGGGUAUAAUCCUAAUGGAGAUUUUGCGGUCAUGACGAUUGUGGAUACGGAAAAGGGGAAUGAUGCGUUUUUCGGCUGGAACCAAAUAACCAGCACCACCACCUUCGAAGACAAAGGACCCAACACCGUUUACAAGCUUGGUACAUUUACUUAA